AUGGACAAGUCGGAAGAACGUUCUUCCGCGCCUGUUGCAUCGGUCCAUUUCCUUCCCGCGGAAGAACCUUCUUCCGCUGCCAUCCGUGGAAGAACCUUCUUCCACGAGCCCACUACCUCAGCACGUAGGCAACGGGUUCCUGUGCCUGAGGACGUUACCCAGAGAGUCGAGGAUGUUCCUCAAUUGCCUGGGGAUGUACCUCAUGUGUCUGAUGGUUGGCCAGAGAUGACAGGCGUCGCCGAUGGUGUUGAGACAGAUCGAGUGGCUAGUGAUGGGAGCUUAGGGGCACCUGCUGAUCAUGAGGGGUUCCCCGGUGGGCCACGCUACCCAUUUGUUUUGAUAGGAUUUGCUGAUCAUGUGGCACACAGCAUAUGGAGUGGACAGGAACUACCCGAUCUCAAGUUGGUCUCCCAUGGUAGGAAAGUAGAUAAAUUUGGGAGACCGGCUGCUGAGAUCGAAGGUAUGAUUGCGGCCACCGGAUUGGAUCCACUGAUCAGGUGUUCUGUAAUCACCACUGAUCCUGGACUUAUAUUCGCCUUUGUUGAGAGGUGGCAUAGGGAGACGAGUAGCUUCCACCUCCCAGUAGGAGAGCUGAUGAUCACUCUAGACGACGUUUCGUCACUCCUGCACAUUCCAAUUACUAGCGCGCUGCAUUCAUUCGAGUCGUUGGUUACAUCUGACGUAGUGGCCCUGUUGACGGAGCUACUUAAGGUCAACCCAGACGAGGCUAUAGCUGAGACACGUCAGGCAGGUGGGCCUCAUGUUCGGUUGUCCUGGCUUCGGGACAUGUACCAGAGUAGGUGCCAGGCCAGGUAG